AUGAGUCGACCACCUGCUUCACCUGCCGCUGUGGCAGGUCCAGGGCAGGGGAACUGCGGGUGCCCCCAGCUGUCCUACCCCACGAAUGAAGAUAUGCAAAUAGCCCGUAGCAGUUUCUUACAGCUGGCCGCGGCACUGGAAGCAGCUGCAAGAGGCAAGAGUCUCAGCAGUUCUGUGGAGGCGCUCAGGUGGUCACUUAGGGGGCUGCAAGACGUGGGAAAGUUGUUGCUGUUGCUGCUGCAGCAGCAACAACGCUGCAGGACACUCCUUUCGCACUCAGUUUGGCCCGCAGCUGCAGAGAAAGUUUCUGCUGCAUGUAGAAGCUAUACUGAGGAAUUUCUGCCUCAGAUGCUACUUCUGCACACCGUGGAGACUCAGUUGCAGGAGCAGGAACCGCAGCAGCAGCAACACACACUGCAGCAACAGAUGUUACAGCUGGCAAGGGAACUGCAGCUGCUGCAACUCAGCUUUAUGCACAAUCUGUUGGAGCAGGAACCAACCGCAGCGCCUGUCUGUGCUACGCCCAUCGCCAUGAUCCUUAGCAUGCACAGUGACGUGUGGUAUACCGGCGCCAGCUCCAUUACCAGCGACGCCGACAGCAACACCAAAAGCUUACAGCUAAAUGUAGUGAUAGCAACUUUUGACUUGUUGCAGAAGUGCGGGGCAACCCUGUUGCAGGAGACCCUUGCUGCAUCAGGCCGACUCAGCAGCAGGGGGACGGCCGCAGUGGCGGACUACAUAGGCGGCGCAGCCGCAUGCACCCGGGGCUUUGCAGCACUCAGCAGCAUCCGUUCUCAUGUCCACGAAGCCCUUGUGCGCUUGCCGCUGCUUCUGGCCCCCGCUGACACUUGUGGAGUCCCAGAAGGGCAGCAGCAACAGGACCAGGACAGGCGGGCUGCUGCGGCGCGGUGUAUGCGCAGCUGCUUGUCUGUUCUUGCUUCUUGGGCUGAGGUACUCCACUCGCUUGCGGAGGACCCUGGAUUUGCUGCUUCAGCCAGUAGAGGCCAGCAGCAGCCACAACACGCAUUGCUGCUGCAGCCGGAAGCAGCCCAUGCAGAGCAGCUACUGCGGCACACUGCAGCGGCAUGGGAAGAAGCUGAUACUCAGCUUCUGCUGAAGUUGCUGCUGCAACCACCACACAUUCAUACGGAGACUCCUGCCACAACACCAGUUGCACUAAAAGAUAAGCGUGUCCACGUGGGUGGUGCUGCGGCCUCAGCAGCCGCAGCAGCGUCUGCAGUCUCAUCAACAGCAAGAGGAAAGGCGCUUGUGAACCCCCUCGUGUACGGCGAGGUGCUGCAGACGGCUAUUUGGAUAUGCUGUCGUUUGCCACGGCGGCUGUGCUUCUUUCUGCAGCCUCUUAUUCAAAUUGCGGACGUGCUUCGAGGGUUUCACCAACAAGUCGUAGAUGCUGCUGCUGCAGAAGACAAUGAAGACGCGGACUCCUCCACAACAACAGAUAUCGCUGUUGCCGGGGGCACUGGCUGCGGGGUCCGCUGCGUCGCCACAGCUGCAGCAGUUUGUGGUGGCUCUGCUGCAGUGCAUGCUCUGCUGCUGUUGCUGCAGCGAGAGGGCCUGCGGCUGCUAGCGUCUCCCCGGUGUUCUCCGGCCGCAGCUCUGCUGCUUUUAGAUGCAGCCGGUAGACGGGCUCCUGCCCGUUUUCUGCAGCGGGAAGCGAACGCCAAGUUUCAGUCCAUGUGGGCAAGUACGCGGCGGAGCAGUAGCGGGAGUUGCAGCAGCCCGCCGCUUGAGGAGACCGCUGCUGAGAUGAGCCUUCCAAAAAAGCGACGCAUCGUAGAAGCCAGCAGCGACAGCAGCAGCAGUGCCAGUAACGGCAGUGCAGCACAAGAGAAAGAGGAACGAAUUUCCGCAGCUGCUGCAGCAGAGAGUGUUGCUGCAGCGUCUGCUGAUGCUGCGGCUGCGUCCCGCGUGCUGCUCGUAGCAGAGACAGAUGCGGGAGCAUGGCGGUCUCAUGAACAGCAAGUGGACGCCACUUCGUUGUUGCUGGAUCUGUACAACCCGCAGCGCCUCACAGCUAUCCUGAUACAAGGACUGCAGCGAGGCAGCACCAGCAGCAACGGCCGCGGCGGGAGUAGCAGCGGCAGCCUAGCUGCAACGACGCGCGCGUGCGCGCCUGCAGUGGAAUUGCUGCGUGCAGCAGAGGCGAGACUUCAAGUGGGAGACAACAGGCGCAGCAACGAUGGCGCACCAAUGCGGGCCUCUUUUGGGGAAGUUCAGCAUUCACUGCCAGCCCUUUUUGAACUUCAGGAUGUGCAGGAAGAACCAACAGGCUGCAGUACAAAAACGGACGAAAGCAGUCUGGCUACUUCUUUCGCGCCACGGCUGUCUGCGUCUCCAGAGGCCUACAUGGAGUUGCUUGCUGCGCAGGUGCUUGGCGGCCCCCUUCCGGAGUGUCUUCCCGGCAGCAAUGCGUAUGCAGACCGUCUUUUAUUCUUGCAGUGGCGGCAGCAAAUUUUCUUGCGGCUGGCCGAGCGGAUGGCAGAGCCUAUGAAGGAUGCUUUGUUGCUUAGGGCCGUCAGAGCGAUUUUCAAGAAUGAAGAGGCUUUACAGGUGUCUCCUCAGGAGACCAGCGGCAGCACGCCCUUGUUCGUGCUUCAAGCAAAGCUGGCACUGUCUCUCGAUCUUCUAUUUUUUAUCUCAAGCCGCAGCUGUAGCAAUUACAUUAAACAACGGCAGUUGCGACUUUCACAAGCUGCAUCAGAAUUAGGGGCGGCAGCAACAACAGACGCGCAGCCUACCCUAACGCUUGCGCUUAUAGGGAAAUUGCCAGAAGCCGUAGAAGGGUGGCACCCCUGGAGGUUUCUCGUAAAGGGUUCCUGGGUUACCUCAACAUUCACAACUUAUGAGAAGGCCUUCGCGGAAUGCCUGUCCAUGGCCUACUGCCAGGAGCUCUUGGAUGACACGGCGUUGCGAGCUGCAUACAGUCAGCUCAUGGGUCGCUUUCUCGUGGCCUCGCCGCUCGUGCCUCCCUCAGUUUUUGCGUUCCUUGCGUGGCUGGCAGACGGAGAGCCACCGGCAGCAGCUGCUGCUGCUGCAGAUGCAGCCGGAGCGGCAACUGCUCCAACAGCAGCGUCAGCUAGUUUACAUGAGCAACAGAACCAGUCGCUCAGCGUGCAAGCACACGGCGAAGCUGGAAUAGCAAAUGUGGACGAUAGUGCGAUGCAGGUCUGCACAGUUCAGCCUGAACACCGUGGGCAGCAGCCACAAAUGCAGCUGUUUGCUGCAGCGGAUUUGGUUGCUGCAUGCGGUCUCAGUGAGAGCCGCAGCGCCAAGGCCUUGGCCAACGAUAGGCGGCUUGUAGUCGCUGCUCUUUCACAAAUCAUUAGGAGAAAAAACGCACCGUUGUCUCGGAGAACUGCGUUUACGCUGCUCAUGCGCCUUUGCCAUGUGGGCUCUGUGGGCUGCCGGCGUCUCUUCUCCCGCCUCUUCGCCUCCGUGAAGGGCACAUACACUCCGCCAGCCGAUAGCUGGAAGCAGCAAACAAUUAAAGAUCUCCUUUUGCGCCACAAAGUCCCAGACGCAGCACCAUCAACAGUAGUAACGCAGGGCAGCGACUCCCAAAUUAGUGUGAGAGCCCCCCAAGGGGCCCCCUUGUGGCAGAUGCCAGCGCGUUUGCUGCAGCAGAGCGGUUUGAAGGUGCUACAGGAGCCGGAACUUCACCAGGGGGAUGUAGCAGCCACUGCUGCAGCUGCUGCCUCUGCUGCAUCAGCGGAAGGGGCUUCAGAGGGUGCACUAUCCUCUGUCGAGCUGCAGGGCUGGGGGUCGCCGGAAUACUUUUCCGGCCGCUGGGUUGAGGAAGUGGCUUCCCUUGUCUUUGCCUCAGCUGGAGGACCAGGAUCGGUGGAGGCGCUCCUGGGCCUUAUGCGCAUCAGCGCUUUCCCUGCUGCUGUUGCCUCAACGCUGCUGCGGGAAAUAUCUACUGUUGCUGAUGCCGGGGAAGCGGCUGCUGCAGCUGCAGUAGAAGCAGCAACUGCUGCUACUGCAAGAGAGACAAUAGAGCCACCGGAUCGCGAUACAUCGGCUGCCGCGGAGGGAGAAGAUGCAACAGAUGCCACAGCAGCCUCUGCAGCACUCGCCACGGCACUAAAGGCGAAAGCUGCAGCAGCAGCUGCCGCCUUCGACAUGCGCAGCAGUGUCUUUGCAGUUAUAGCAGCACGGAAUCCCUUUCUGCUGCACCUGCUGCUCCGCGUUGCUCUGUCUUGUUCAGACAGUGAAGCGCUACAACGUCAUGAACAGCUGUUGCUACAGGAAAGUUGA